AUGGGCGCUGCCACUCUUUCAACCUCCUUCUCAGAAACCUCUUCUGCCACUGCCAUUAUCGUCCCCUCGGAACAUGAUGCUCUACACGUUUCAUACAGCCAGCUGACAAGAGAUAUUCUGGAGUUCCAGUCCAAGCUCGCGCAGCUGGGCAUCAAACAUGCUGACGCUGUUUCAAUAGCAUUGCCAAACAGCUACGAGUUUAUUGUGGCCUUCCUUGCGACUUCGUACCAGAGGGCUAUAGCGGCUCCUCUAAACCCGGCAUACAAGCAAUCAGAGUUCGAGUUCUACAUUGAGGACCUUUCUUCCUCCGUCAUCCUUAUCCCCCGAGGUGAUUACGCAAAAGAUGGUCCUGCGGUAAAGGCUGCCAGAAAGUUCGAAGCGGCUAUCGCAGAAUGUUAUCUGGAUGGCUCGCGGCCUGUGCUAGAAAUCAAAGAGAAGGGAAAGCUCGCAGGGAUACAAGCUCAGCGGAUAUCACAAGCACAGCCUGCUGAUGUCGCUUUGGUAUUGCACACCUCGGGGACCACUGGCAGACCCAAGGCCGUUCCGCUAACCCACCUCAAUCUUACGAGAACCAUGCAAAAUAUACUGAAUACGUAUGAGUUGACAGCAGGAGAUCGGACGAUGCUUGUUAUGCCUCUCUUCCACGUGCAUGGGCUGCUGGCAGGGUUCCUAGCUCCAUUGAAAGCUGGAGGUUCGGUGAUAGUGCCCAGAGCAUUCUCUGCGCGGUCUUUCUGGCGGGACUUUGUCACACAUAAAGCAAAUUGGUUCACAGCUGUGCCUACAAUCCACCAAAUUCUGCUCAGAAAUCCUCCGCCAUCUCCCAAACCACAAAUUAGGUUCAUUCGAUCAUGUUCGUCCCCACUGUCUCCGAAGACCUUUGCAGAGCUCGAAGCGACGUAUGGAGCACCGGUGCUGGAAGCUUACGCCAUGACUGAAGCCGCUCACCAGAUGACCUCAAAUCCUCUGCCACACAAAGGCAAGCGAAAGCCAGGGAGUGUCGGUAUUGGUCAAGGUGUCGAGGUCAACAUCUUAGACGACCAAGGCGACGAAGUACCUCAGGGUAUGGCAGGCGAGAUCAGCAUAAAGGGCGAAAAUGUAACCUCUGGGUAUAUCAACAACGAAAAGGCGAAUAAGGAAGCGUUCACAAAGGGAGGAUUCUUCCGGACUGGCGAUCAGGGGAAGAAGGACGAAGACGCCUAUGUGAUCAUCACAGGCCGAAUCAAGGAGCUAAUUAAUCGUGGUGGUGAGAAAAUUAGCCCCAUCGAAUUGGAUCAUAUCAUCUCGACAAGCCCAGAGUUGUCCGAAGCAGUCAGUUUCGCCAUUCCUUCGGAACUAUAUGGCCAGGAAGUUGGCGUGGCAGUUGUCCCCAAACCUGGGAAGAAUGUCACGGAGGACAGCAUCACCCAAUUUGUUGCAAGCAAAACGGCGAAAUUUAAAAUACCGAGCAGAGUCUGGAUUCUUCAAGAAAUACCCAAGACGGCGACCGGAAAGAUCCAAAGGAGAAAGGUUGCAGAGUCAUUGCUGGCUAGAGAUACACCCAGGCCGAAGCUAUAG